GGGCAAAGGGUUUUUCUUUUUCGACUCACCCACACACCCUCUACUGCUACGCAGCCGCUCAAGAAGAAGAAGAAAUCACUCUUCUUCUUCUUUUACUCUUCAACUCCGUAACUCGAAUACCGUCAAAUUUCCAAUCGGAAAUGGCUACACUUAUCAAUCCACCUACUACUGCAACAGCUCCACCGGCGGCCGGUUCUAGUCCAGCAGCGGCCGAAGCGCAGAAAGUCGAUUACAUGAACCUUCCUUGCCCUAUUCCAUAUGAGGAGAUUCACCGCGAAGCUCUCAUGUCUCUCAAGCCAGAACUUUUUGAAGGGAUGCGCUUUGAUUUUACUAAAGGGCUCAAUCAGAAAUUUUCAUUGAGUCACAGUGUGAUGAUGGGCCCCACAGAAAUUCCUUCUCAGUCAUCUGAAACAAUUAAAAUUCCCACUGCUCACUAUGAGUUUGGUGCUAACUUCAUAGACCCAAAGUUGAUGCUUUUUGGGAGGGUAUUGACAGAUGGGAGAGUGAAUGCAAGAUUGAAGUGUGAUUUGUCCGAGAAUCUUACUAUGAAGGGCAAUGCUCAACUUACGCAUGAGCCACAUAUGUCACAUGGCAUGGUCAAUUUUGAUUAUAAGGGAUCAGAUUAUAGGACUCAAUUUCAAUUAGGAAAUGGAGCCUUAUUUGGUGCAAGUUACAUCCAGAGUGUGAGCCCUCACCUGUCAUUGGGUGGUGAGGUCUUCUGGGCUGGUCAACAUCGAAAAUCUGGCAUUGGAUAUGCUGCCCGCUACAACACAGACAAGAUGGUGGCAACUGGACAAGUUGCUAGCACUGGGAUGGUUGCUCUAAGCUAUGUUCAGAAAAUAUCUGAAAAGGUUUCUCUAGCAUCAGACUUCAUGUACAACUAUAUGUCUAGAGAUGUUACUGCUAGCUUUGGUUAUGAUUACAUCCUUCGGCAGUGUCGUCUAAGAGGAAAGAUAGAUUCUAAUGGUUGCGUGGCUGCUCUUCUUGAAGAGCGGUUAAACAUGGGUCUUAAUUUUAUUCUUUCUGCUGAGGUAAGGAUCAACUCAUUAAAAGAUACUGUUUUAUUUUAAUCACGGCACUGAAGAAAACUGAAUCCCCCUUUUAUCCCUUUUUUCUUUUCCAAAAAAGUGGAAGUGAACACUUGUAUAAUAGGCAGUUAUCAAUUGGAAGUGAGCAACAUGGUGAUUAAUUGCAAUUGGUCUAAACCUUUGGCUAGUGAAUACCUGUCCCUUUGUCUUACCUUUAGAAGAAAGAGGGUGUCUUUGUACAAUCAAUCCUUUCUUUUGCUCUCUUUGCACUUUGACAUCCUUUUAUUUAUAGGUGAAUUCCUGCGAUUCCAAUAGUGCAGAAGUAAUACUGGGUCCUUCAAAUAAUUAGGCCAUGUGCAGAAGUACAUUCAACUUCACAUU